GCUUCGUAUUCAAACCGUCAAUGCGUCCGUUUCAGUAAAGGCAACGUGAAGUGCAGCAAGUACGAGUCACAUACAAUAUUUCGAACGAACGCUAAAGAAAAUAUGCCACCGAAAUAUAAACCGGGUGGAAGGACCUUUCCUCCGAAAAUUAAACCGACCUCGUUACCACCUCAAACGCUGAACAGCAUCCCGGGCGCCGAAUCCGCAUCGACAUCUACUUCCAAUAGCUUGGAUCGCGAAGCUGAAGAUAAAUUUGAGGUGGAACUAUGCUGGUGCAUUCAACAGCUCCAGACAGCUCUGGAAUCCGGAAAGCUUACCGAAAAACAGACACUGGAUACUAGCAAGACAUUGAACGUGUUAAAGAGUAAUACAGCACCUUUGAUCAAGAAAAGACAAUUCAUGCGGACUACGUUCGGCGAUUAUAGAACCAAAAUGGCUAACGAACAGAAAAAACUCGGAAAAACUUCCACUCAAGUUAAGUUUACACCCUCGACCAACGAUAACAAGAAAUCGAUUUUUCUCAGAAAGGCCGCAGCCACGGAUGCUCAUCCGAAACCGAUAGAAACAAAAAACACUACCGGCUUCCGGAUAUUGCCGUCAGAUAAUAAUUCUUUCAAAUUCAACUUCAGCGACCCUCAAGUGUAAAUUUAUUACGAAACAUAAUUAGGUGUAAGCAUUUUUCAACAUGUAUAAUAAACCGUAUUUAUAUUCUGUACACUAUGCCUCAUUUCCAUUUGUUCAACAUUCCGAAUCGCAU